AUGGAGAUUUUAGCUAGAAUUCUUGCUAAAAAAGCUAGUAGCCCUAUGUUCAAGCUUCAUUGGAGAUGUGAGAAAACCAAAAUCGUCAAUUUGUGCUUUGCUGAUGACUUGAUGAUCUUUAGUAAAGGGGAUCCUGGUACUGUCAGCCUCAUUAUGCAGGGUUUGGAGGAAUUUAGGAGUUUGUCGGGCCUAACACCUAGCCCUAGGAAGAGUAACAUCUAUUUCUCGGGGUGUAGUAAGGAGCUUAAAGAGAACAUUCUUCAUAUUGCCAACUUUACCGAGGGUUCCCUCCCUGCGAAAUAUCUGGGGGUUGUUCGUGAUAUUGAGAGCCUUCUUAGAUCCUUUCUUUGGUCUCUGGUUGAAUUGAAGAAGCAUAGUGCUAAGAUUGUUUGGAAGAAAAUUUGCAAAUAUAAGAAUGAAGGAGGGCUUGGCUAUAAGGAAAUGGAGGUUUGGAACAAGGCUGCUACAGCCAAACAUGUCUAG